UUCAUUUGUCACAUCCACGACUACUGCUGCCAGUUGUAGUGGGUCAUCGGUACUGGCUGUUGGGGCUUGGCGCAGUGAAAAUUCCAGGCGGCUACACUGUCAACCUUGUCGCCUUUCGACAGCUUCCUCGUCAUUUCUUUUCUUUUUUUCGAGGCUGUUUUAAAUUACAGGUUGCGUGAGACAUUGCAUAGACGUCGAAUUUUCUCAAGCUUCCACAAUGAGUUCUAUAAACGUCAAGAAACUGAAGGUAAAUGAGCUGAAGGACGAGCUGAAAAAGAGGCAGCUGUCCGACAAGGGACUGAAGGCCGAAUUAAUGGACCGGCUGCAGGCCGCUCUGGACCAAGAGGCCCAAGGCGGAGGCGGUUUCGUUCCUUCGGAGAGAGAAGCCAAUGGUGCUGACGACGACGAUGGAAGUGGCCUGAACUUAAUGGGAGACGAGGAUUUGGAGGAUGAUCUGGUCGGAGAGAGCAUGGAGGCUGAUGACGACGAGGAAGAUGGAGAGGGGGGCGACGCUAACGUUGAUUUUUCUGCUGAUGUUGUCGGCGAGCAGCAAGAUGAUGAUAUGGGGGAGGAGGAGGAGGAUGCCGGUGUAGAAAUGGAUAAGUCGGACGAAGACGAAGAUGCUCUUCUCAAAGAGGAUGAUGAAGAGAUGGACAAAUUCGAUGAUGACGACGCGGGGUUGGGAUCUCUGCCCGGGGAUGGGGAUGCGGACAAAGACAAGAGAGAUGAACAGAAGAAUAAGAAGGGGGUUAAGAGACGCCGGGAAGAACAUGGAAGGGGCUACUUUGAAUUUAUUGAAGAAAGCAAAUACAGCCGAGCCAAGUCCCCCCAGCCCCCUCUCGAGGAAGAGGAUGAGGAGUUUGAUGACACCACUGUAUGUCUGGACACAUACAACAGUGACCUGCACUUCAAGGUGUCACGGGAUCGCUACAGCGCCUCCUCCCUCACCAUGGAGAGCUUCGCCUACCUGUGGGCCGGGGGUCGCGCUUCCUAUGGGCUGGCCAAAGGGAAGGCCUGCUUCGAGAUGAAGAUUAUUGAGAAGAUCCCGGUGAAACACAUUUCCAGCAAGGGCAUCGAGAUCCACGAGGUUCUGGUGGGAUGGUCUCUGCCCAGCGGUACUCUGCUUCUGGGUGAAGAGGAGCACUCUUAUGCCUUUUCUACAAAGGGCAAGAAGACCACAAACUGCAAGACGGAGGACUAUGGAGAGUCGUUUGAUGAAAAUGAUGUAGUCGGAUGCUUCAUCAACUUUGAUGGUGCAGAGGUGGAGCUCUCUUUCUCCAAGAACGGUAAAGACCUGGGCGUGGCGUUCACGGUCAGCAAGGAGAGCCUGGCCGAUCAGUCCCUGUUCCCACACGUCCUGUGCCACAACUGCGCCGUGGAGUUCAACUUCGGCCAGCAGGAGGCGCCCUUCUUCCCCAAGCCCGACGGCUUCACAUUCCUGCAGCAGAUCCCCGUGACGGAGCGCGUCAGGGGCCCCAAAGGACCCGACACCAAAGAGGAAUGCGAGGUCAUUGUCAUGGUGGGACUUCCGGGCGCGGGCAAGACCUCGUGGGUCACCAAACACACCAAGGAGAACCCUGGGAAGUACAACAUCCUGGGAACCAACACCAUCCUGGAGAAGAUGAUGAUUGCCAGCCUGAAGCGUCAGAUGAAGGACGUGACAAAACUGACCGCCAUCUCUCAGCGAGCCCCGCUCUUCCUGGGGAAGUUCAUCGAGAUUGCCGCCCGCAAAAAGAGGAACUACAUCCUGGACCAGACCAACGUCUCAGCUCCGGCCCAGCGGAGGAAAAUGUGUCUGUUCGCCGGCUUCCAGCGCAAGGCCGUGGUGGUCUGCCCCUCGGACGACGACUACAAGCUGAGGACACAGAAGAAGGCUGAGACAGACGGGAAAGACGUCCCUGAGCACGCUGUCCUGAAGAUGAAGGGCAUCUACACCCUGCCUGAGGAGGGUGACUACUUCACUGGGGUGAGCUACGUAGAGCUGCAGAAGGACGAGGCCACCAAGCUGCUGGAGCAGUACAAGGAGGAGAGCAAGACCUCGCUGCCCCCGGAGAAGAAACCCAACCAGGGGGGAGCGCCGCCCAAGAGAGGGGGCAACAGGAGCAGGGGGGGCAAGAACCAGUUCAGCAGGGGCGGAGGAGGGCAGGGGCAGCGAGGAGGACGAGGGGGCUUCCAGAACAGAGGCAACUUCAGAGGAGCGCCGGGUCCCCGUGGCGGUUUCAACCGGCCACCUCGAGGCUUCCUGCCCCCCCCUGCCUUCCGAGGGGGCUUCCCCAACCGCGGGGGCUUCAACAACCGGGGCGGCGGCAUGCCCAACAGGGGCGGGGCACCCCGGGGGGGCCCUGGCAGGGGCAACAUGGGGAACAUGGGCAACCGCGGAGGCGCCAUGCACAGGGGUAACAUGGGAAACCGCGGCGGAGGCAACAGAGGCAACUUUAACCAGAAAUUCCGCGGACGAGGAGGCAACAACCGGGGUUUCAAGAACGGCAACUUUGGCAUGAACAAGGCCCAGGCUUUCAACCAGAGCUGGCAGCAGGGGUUCUGGAACCAGAAACCGUGGAGCCAGCAGUACCACCCAGGAUACUACUAAAGACCACACAGAGAGAGUGAAAGAUAGAGAGUGAAGGAGAGAAAACAACAUCACUCCAUCCUCCUGUCAAGCGCUAAGGGCCUCCGUCUGUAGAACAUGUCCGCUUUGAUCACCUCAGUGUUGGUUCGGUUCUGUUUUUGUUGCUUUUUGAAGACACUCAAGACAUUCCACAGCUGAGGGUAUGUCACCAGAGGGGACCAAUAUCUCUCUGAGUCACCUGUUGUCCUAGGUUCUUUUUAUUUCUUUAACGUUUUUAUUUUCAUUUUCGUAAUAUACUACAAAAUUUGUUUUUGUUUUGGCCACCUGUUUCACAGCUUGGAGAAGCGUCAGCGUUAAAAUCAGGGUGGGAUGGUUUUUGAAGCUUUCAGGGCUCUGCUUUCUACUUGUAAAUGUACUUUUUACUACAGAUAUCAGUAAGGUUUUAAGUUUUUCGUUUGUUGUAUACAUCGUCAUGAGUCCAUUAUUAUCAGUAGGAAACAGAACUCAUUCUAGGAGCAUGAAGCAGCUUUGAGUAUUUGUAUCUGCAGGCUCGCUUGCAACCGUAUACAAUAUAAUACUGGUUGAAUACUAAUGCCUAAAGAUGUUGAAUUGGCCUGAAAAUUGUUUAAAAACAACAGUGACUAUUGAAGCAGAUGCCAGAAAAAACUAUGUUUAACCAGCUCAUUUAUCAGGAAAUAAGUUGUAGAAUCCUGAGAAUCUACAUAAUAAUCUUUUUUUAAGUUUUAAUGAAAUUUCAGGUUUUUAAACCUAAUGCUGGUUAAAUAGAGUUUUCACUAGCAAUAGGUCCAAUAGCCACUGUUCUAAAAAAAAAGUUUAAGCCACUUAAAAAAAAAAAAAAGAAGUUAUAACAACACUAAAUGGUCAAUGUCCAUAUUUGUAGAUAUCAAUAAUUAAAAGUGUAAGAUAUUUCAAUCAGAGCAGUCAAAGAUACAUGUGGUGUGAAAAUGAUAACGUCAUGGCUUUGCCUAUUUUUGAUUGGAGUAUACAUAUAUAUUAAAAAUAGCAACACUUGUUUGUUCACAAAUUAACAGAUACAGUAAGCUUUGAAGUUAGUUGUUGCAGUAGUCAUUUAGGAUUUACCAAGGUAUUAAAUUGAGGCAUAUAUUGCCCAGGUUUUAGGAGUGUAAAUAUUGAUGGUUCCAGUCCUUUAGUCCUUGCUGUCAUUAUAGACAUUGUCGUGGGUCUUUGGUUUCUCUCCGCUGGCAGGACACUCUGGGUAUGCCAGUGAGGAUCGUAGUUUUUUUUUUUUCUUGUAUGCUUUUAUUUUUUUAUCAUGUCAAAUGUCAUCGACUUGCAUCAGUACUUUUUUUUUUGCAAACAUUAGACUGGUUUUGGGUGUGUAGGUGUGUUUGCGCAAUCAUGUUCUGACACCCCCUCUGAAAUGUUUACAUGGUUUUAUCGGCCACACUGUGUUUUAGCAUGACAUGCACAAUAGGACGGAAUAGACCACAAUGUGUUCGAGUUAAGAGAUGGAGUCUGAAUUUAAGCAUUGGUAGUUGGAUUUGACCAGGUCAGUGGAGGUUGACGUUUGCACUGAAAUAACAACAACCUGAAUCAUCAGCGAAGACCACAGAAGCACAUUCAUUGUAAUCAAUGUAAACAGUUCAUGUUCUCUUACAAUCCUCCAGACCCAUGGUAAGGAGAGGAAGAUAAUACACCCCUCCGUUCAUAACAAAGGCACAUAUAAUGUUGUUACUAGUAAGUUAUUAUGCCAUAUUUUUAUUUCCCAUUGUUUGUGCAUUAAGUAUAAAUUAUAACUAUAGUACAACUGAUUAGGUUAGUAGAAAAGUGAUGUGUUUGUGAUUUACAUUUCAUAUUUGAAUUACACUAUUGUUUUAGAUUUGUUACAGUAUAGACCAUUUUCUUCUGUUAAUAUUGUGAAAUUUUCUUCAUUCUUAUGGAGUCAUAAUACAGUAUUUGUUGACUCUCUUUGUGAGUGGUUAUAUUCACAAAGUCGUCUGAUGCAAGACCAACCAUUUAUUUUAUUAUUUAAGAUGAAAAUUGCUUUUCAAAGCAAAUUUUAUUGCAGAUAUACCAUAUAUAUAUAUAGAAUCCGAGUGUUUUAUACAAAGUAACAAAAUUAUGUGGUUAACAAUGGCAUGCACUGUAAGAAGAAACUAGUUUGCAGUUGGUUUGAAGUGGCGCUUGCUUGUCAUAGUGUUUGUUAGUGUACAAGUAUUUGGUCAGGUGAUGUGUAUUGUUCUCGGAUAAUGUUAACAUUUUGUAAGAUAGACUUUAUUUGUUUGUUUCUUUCUUUUUUUAUACCUUGCUAUGUUUUGUAUUUUGCUAUUUUAAGACUUAAAACUCAAAAGAAAAAAAAAACACUGACCAAAUAGUUUAUUUAUUCCGGUUCCACUUACUCUUCACGAGUAAAGAAAUUAUGUCUUUUUUGAAAUUAUAAUAAAGUGGCAAUUAUGAGCCUCAAAUUC